AGGCUUCGGACUUUGAGGCCAAUUGGAUCUGGGGGGCAUGAAACCUCCUCGGAUGAGGCGACAGUGGAAAGCCAACCGCCGGCCUUGCAGCCUCUUAGACUGAUCCCGCAACAUGAGCCAGGAGCUACCAGCUUGCCGUCUGGCGAUCAGGGGUGCUCUCUGGCCCACCCUGCUCCCAAUAUACAGCCAUGCCCCUCGGCUAUGCUAGACCCAAUGGAACUAAGCAUCUCGGAUAUGCUCCUUGUUGACCCCAGUGAUCUGGCAAACUUUGAGCAGCCUUUGUUGGGCGAUUGUCCGAUAUACAGCUCGGAUUCUUCUGGUUUAGACAUUCCUUCUUUCGGCUGUCCGUUUGAACCUGGUUCCACACUUCAUCCAGAAGAGCCACAGACACAGCAGCCAACACCACCAACAGUAGAUUCGAGUCUGUUGCCACUUUGGGAGGGCUCCAGGCAACGCCGAGCUCUGUUGUCACCGCGAAAGAAUUACAAAAUCAAACCCUUUUCCAAGCUUCGAACCUCGGGUGUUGAUAAUAGGAUAACCACCGAGUUACUCUUAGGCCAACUCCUCUCUUAUCCUUCCAUGAUGAUUGGAGGAGGACGCCUGCCCCCGUUUAUCUUUCCUCCUUGUGGCACAGGCGGCCUUGCCGCCAGCAAUAAGUGCAGCUCCAAUGGACUUCACAAAUGCCUGCCUGAAUCCCUCGCUAUUUGUAGCAGUUUGGUUCAAUCAUUCGAGUCAAGAACACAGGGAAGUGUGGAAUUUAUAUGGAGAACUAUAUUGUCUGAGUUGGAAAGGUUCAACCACGAUUUUCAAAGCUAUUCCCGAGAAGAAUUACUUGAGGCACUACAAGCUUCAAUAGUGUAUCUACUACUCCAGGCCAGCGAUACCGACUCCGUGAAGGAUCAUGACGUGAAUUUGUUAAUUGAAACACCUGGGGAGUUGGCAAAGAGACUACACAACAUGUGUGAAUACGAAUCCAAUAUACCAAUUGGUCAUAGCUUGAAUCGAACAGAGUGGAAUUUCCGAGAGAGCGUCCGAAGAACAAUAUGCUUACUAUACGGAAUCGAACUUUUGAUCGACGUUAACCUGAGCCAUACUGACAGGGCCUCAUGUGGUGGAUACUCCCUGGUUCCGCUUCCAUGCAGUCGUGACCUGUGGCAGCCGCUGUCAAAUGAGGAAUGGGGCCAUCGUUUUGAGAGCCAAGAGAAGACCAACAAGAUGAACCGACUGCUAAAGCUCUCAGAUCUCCAGCUUUCCAGGCGCGCGAUGGAACCUAGGAGUCCAUUUGAAAGAAGUCUUGUCGAUCCUUCAUCUGAAGUCACAAAAUGGAGCAGGACCUUGGAUGAAUUUGGAGUGUUGAUCUGGAUGGCCGCCCUAUUAGACUAG